GCGACCCGCGCGAGCGAGACGGAGGGAACAAACAUCGACUGAGUUCCCCAACAUUCGCUGUUUAUUUCAGAGUGUGUAGCUUUGCAGUUUGGGUGUGUCUCUCGUGAAUACUACAAAAACAAACAAAAUGAGCGGACAACAGUACUACCCGUACAAGUGCACGCCCACGGUGUACCCCGCCGAGCCCUUCGAGCCGGCCGCGGACGCCGAGACUCUCCGGAAGGCCAUGAAGGGCUUCGGCACGGAUGAGAAGGCCAUCAUCGACGUGCUGUGCCGCCGCGGCAUCGUGCAGCGCCUCGAGAUCGCUGAGACCUUCAAGACCAACUAUGGCAAGGACCUGAUCAGCGAGCUGAAGAGCGAGCUCGGCGGCAACUUGGAGAACGUGAUCAUCGCCCUGAUGACCCCCCUUCCGCACUUCUACGCCAAGGAGCUGCACGAGGCAGUGGCGGGGGUGGGCACCGACGAGGAGGCCAUCAUCGAGAUCCUCUGCACGCUGUCCAACUACGGCAUCAGGACUAUCUCGGCGUUCUAUGAGCAGUUAUACGGCAAGAGCCUCGAAUCCGACCUGAAGGGCGACACCUCCGGGCACUUCAAGCGUCUCUGCGUGUCCCUGUGCAUGGCCAACCGGGACGAGAACCAGGGCGUGGACGAGGCGGCGGCGCGCGCGGACGCGGAGAACUUGGCCGCCGCCGGGGAGGGGCAGUGGGGCACCGACGAGAGCGUGUUCAACUCCAUCCUCGUCACGCGCUCCUACCAGCAGCUGAGACAGAUCUUCUCUGAGUACGAGGCUAUCUCCGGCAAGGACAUCGAGGAGACCAUCAAGAAGGAGUUCUCGGGCAGCAUCGAGAAGGGCAUGCUCGCUAUUGUAAAAUGCGUGAAGAGCAAAGUGGGCUUCUUCGCCGAGCGCCUGUACUACUCCAUGAAGGGAAUGGGGACCAACGACAAGACCCUCAUCAGGAUCGUGGUGAGCCGGUCCGAGAUCGACCUCGGGGACAUCAAGCAGGCCUUCAUGGAGAAGUACGGCAAGCCGCUGGAACAGUGGAUCGCUGGAGAUACGUCCGGGGAUUACAAGAAGGCUCUCUUGACCGUUAUAGAGUAGACACGGCCCGCGUCGACAAACUAUCCUCCGAUUUUCCACUAAAUUUAAGUUACUGUCAAUUAUUCCUAGGUUGACUAAGUCAUCACAAUCUACAUAAGCGGGUGUAAAAUUCCUAAAUGAUCUGUAUAUUUUGCUAUUGUUUUACAUUUUUCAUUCGUCACGUAUAACAGUUUCUUUGCACUCACUAUUUAGUUUAACAGCUUCUGUUGCAUGUCGUUGAUUGGUGGUUGAGCGAGAGCCAGUCUUACAGGCAUUUCAUUGAGUUGAACUUUUUACAGGACGAGAUUGAUGGAAAACUCGGCUAUCUCCUUUCUACAAUGUCUUACUAAAUGCAGCGUCGAAUUUAACGAGUGAAUUAACAGUAUUAUAACAGCCAUUUACUGUAACAAGUGUAGUGUAAAGAAAAAAAAUGUUCAGUCACAAUAUUUUACUCUUAUACACGUGACAUUUACAUUGUGCAUUUGAUAUCGAAUACUUAUUAAUUUUAUUUAGAUUUUAAUGUAACCAUGUAAUCUCGAGUUUAACUUGAAAAUCUCUUGCAAUCUCGCUACUAGCUUGCAUGUUGUGUGAGUGACUUUUUUGAAUUUUAUCAAUAUUUUAUGGGCCAGUUUCAUUUUUGUUUUGUUUUUUGUUUUACUGAGUGGUAACACUAUUGCAGUUGUUUUUUCGAAAUUGUUUCCAGGAUGACCUAGAUGGUGACUUCAGGAAUGUGCUAGUCACACUUUGUGCUUAAAUCCUGCUGCAUAACUUAGAUUUUAUUUUAGAGUAUCUACUUAUUAUUUUUGUAUGAAUUUUAUUCGAUUGUAAGCUUUGCAUGUUACCCGUUGUUAUUCCAAAUUGGACCCUAUUACAAGAUACAAUGUAAUAAUUUGCAGGACGAUACAAAGGGAGACUACAAACGAGUGUUACUCACUAUUGUUUCAUAAGAAAGAGCAUAAUAUAAUAUACAUAAAUAAGACUUAAUGAAGUGAAUAUUAUACAAAUACCGUUGCCUUGCUAUGCAAAGCCGUUCCGAUCUGAUACUGCCUUUUAAAUGUAUAACUGUUGAUGUUUUAGAAAUUAAAGCUUUUGAUAUUUUUGUGAAAAAGAUAUAUUUAUUGGUGCUGAAGUUUCGUUUACAAUAUAUUUACAUUACUUAUAAUUAAAUUAUCUACCGGUU